AUGAAUAAUUCUAAAUCAAUUUUAGAAAAAUUUGAUGAUAUUUUAUAUGUAAAAACGUGUAAACAAUAUGAAGAUAUUGAAAAAAGAAUGUCCAGAAAAUAUGUAGAAGAUAUAAAAGAAAUUAGAAAUGUAAUAGAAAAACCAUUUGAUAUUAAUUUAGAUUGUAAAAAAUUAAUAAAUGGAGAUAUGGAUUAUAUUAAUAAGGUUAAGAAUAAUCGUAUAAUUUAUGAAAAUAAAAAUUUAUCUAUGGAUUGUUCUUCUAUUUAUAGUAGAGGAUUUAAUAUAAAUGAAAGUUUAAGUGAAAUUGAAAAAAAAUAUUCAUUAGCAUUUGCUUUUAAUAUAUAUAAAAAUUAUGAGGUAAUUGAAUUAAAACUAUUAUCAAUUUAUUCACCUAAUAAUCAUUAUUGUUAUAUGAUUGAUUUAAAAAAUCCAAAAUUAUAUGAUGAAAUGAUUCAACUAGAGAAAUGUCUUCCAAAUGUUUAUGUUCCCAGAGUUCAAUAUGAUAUGAAAUCUAAUGGAGAAAAUGGAAGUUUAUCACAUUAUGAAUGUAUGAAAAGAUUAGUUAAAACUAAAUUUGAUUAUAUUUUUUUAUUACAAAAUGAUGAGAUGCCUACAAAAACAAAUAGAGAAUUAAUUGAAAUUUUAGAAACCAUGAAUUUUGUCAUGCAAAUAGAAUUAGAUAAUAAUCAAAAAAUAAUUAAUGAGAGACAUAAUAAGACAAUAUCAUGGACUUUUAGAAAUCUUAUGAUAUUUUUAAAAGAUGAUAUGAGAAGAAACAUUUCGUUUAUAAUGGAUAAAAAUAUUGAAUUUGCCAAAGGUUUAGUUUCAACUGGUUUACCAAAAGAAGCUGUAGAAUAUCUGGUAAAUAAAUUAAAUAUAACAACAUUUUUAAAUCAAUUAAAUACAAAUUUAUAUGGUAAUGAUGAAUUAACAUGGCAAACAUUACUAACAAAUGAAAUUUUAAAUAUUCCUGGUUACAUUCCAUUAAAAUAUGCUUCCAAAUAUUUUCCUUCAAAUAAAUAUUUAACAAGAGAAGUAAUUUGGUAUCCUAGUUUAUGUAAAUCAAAUGACUAUUAUCAUUAUAUCUGUACAAGAGGUGUUGAAUCACUUAAAGAUAUUAUUAAUAGUAAAUCAUUUUUUAUAUAUCGAUUCAGAGAAGAAUUUGAUUAUGGUGCUAUACAAUGUCUUGGUGAAUAUCUUUAUAAUAAGACACAUUUUAGUGAAUAUAUAAGACCUGAUUUGUGGUAUUAUUAUAAUCUUCCACAAAGUAUUUAUAAAAGAUUAAGUUAUAUAGAUGAUAUGGAUUUUAUUAAAAAUUAUAACAUUUAG